AUGGAGGAGUGCGCGCAGUGCGGGGAGCGCGCCGUGGAUUACGAUGACCAGGCGCUGGCGCUCGUGUGCGCGCGAUGCGGCCACGUGGCGGACGAGUCGCAGCUCACGUCGCGCGUGGAGUUCGACGAGCUCGGGCGGGCCGGCGGCGUGCGCGUUGGCGGUGGGGGAGGCGGGGGGGAUGGCGGAGAGCCCCGCUCGUGGAUGUGGACGGCGGGGGCGGGCGGGGGGCGAUUUGGCGGCGGCGGGUGGGGGGAGGGGGCGGAGACGAAGUGGGGAGGCGGAGGGAAGUCGGCGGAAUUCAAGAGGCGGAAGAACAAGAUUAACCCUUCCCACCUCUCUCGCCUCCCACCUCCCGCACCCGCCCUUCCCUCACCCCUUCUGGUUCAACCACCAUCUGCCCCUCUCCUGCCCUUCCGCCCUCUCCUGCGAUUUCUUCCCCUUGUGCUUGCGCCUCUCCUCCGCCAGCGCGAGUGGGAGGAGCGGCUGGGCGCGGUGGUGGCGGGGCUGCGCGUGCCGGAGGGCGUGCGGGGGGAUGCGGUGGGGGUGGCAGAGCGCGUGCUGGAGGGGCGCUGGGGCAGCGGGCAGUGGAUGGGCGUGCUCAUGGCGGCCGCGGUCUACAUCGCUGCGCGCAACAGGCGCCUCCCCGUGUCCAUGGGGGAGGUGGCGGUGAGCGGCGUGGGGGAGGUGGCGGUGAGCGGCGUGGGGGAGGUGGCGGUGAGUGGCGUGGGGGAGGUGGCGGUGAGUGGCGUGGGGGAGGUGGCGGUGAGUGGCGUGGGGGAGGUGGCGGUGAGUGGCGUGCAGAGGUGGGCGUGGGGUGGUGGGUGUGGGGAGGUGGGUGUGGGGGGAGGCUGUGGAGGGAGGUGGGCCUUGGGGGAGCAUGCCACGGAGUGCGAGGUGGCAGCGGUGUGGGCCAUGGUCAAACGCAUCGUGGCUUUCUGUCCCAUGCUGCAGCCGGAGCAGGUGGAUCCAGUCAGCCAUGUGUGGAGGGCGGUGCAUGCCAUGCCUGCACUCAGGGAGUGGCAGGGUGAGGGAGGAAGGCAGGUGAUAGUGGGGGACGCCAUGAGGCUGCUCACCUUCGCACACUCGCUCUCUCUGCACACCGGCCGCCAUGCUGCCCCGGUACCUCCCCUCUCCCAUGCUGCCCCGGUACCUCCCCUCUCCCAUGCUGCCCCGGUACCUCCCCUCUCCCAUGCUGCCCCGGUACCUCCCCUCUCCCAUGCUGCCCCGGUACCUCCCCUCUCCCAUGCUGCCCCGGUACCUCCCCUCUCCCAUGCUGCCCUGGUACCUCCCCCUCCCAUGCUGCCCCGGUACCUCCCCUCUCCCAUGCUGCCCCGGUACCUCCCCUCUCCCAUGCUGCCCCGGUACCUCCCCUCUCCCAUGCUGCCCCGGUACUCCCCUCUCCCAUGCUGCCCCGGUACCUCCCCUCUCCCAUGCUGCCCCGGUACCUCCCCUCUCCCAUGCUGCCCCGGUACCUCCCCUCUCCCAUGCUGCCCCGGUACCUCCCCUCUCCCAUGCUGCCCCCGGUACCUCCCCUCUCCCAUGCUGCCCCGGUACCUCCCCUCUCCCAUGCUGCCCCGGUACCUCCCCUCUCCCAUGCUGCCCCGGUACCUCCCCUCUCCCAUGCUGCCCCGGUACCUCCCCUCUCCCAUGCUGCCCCGGUACCUCCCCUCUCCCAUGCUGCCCCGGUACCUCCCCUCUCCCAUGCUGCCCCGGUACCUCCCCUCUCCAUGCUGCCCCGGUACCUCCCCCUCUCCCAUGCUGCCCCGGUACCUCCCCUCUCCCAUGCUGCCCCCGGUACCUCCCCCUCUCCCAUGCUGCCCCGGUACCUCCCCUCUCCCAUGCUGCCCCGGUACCUCCCUCUCCCAUGCUGCCCCGGUACCUCCCCUCUCCCAUGCUGCCCCGGUACCUCCCCUCUCCCAUGCUGCCCCGGUACCUCCCCUCUCCCAUGCUGCCCCGGUACCUCCCCUCUCCCAUGCUGCCCCGUACCUCCCCUCUCCCAUGCUGCCCCGGUACCUCCCCUCUCCCAUGCUGCCCCGGUACCUCCCCUCUCCCAUGCUGCCCCGGUACCUCCCCUCUCCCAUGCUGCCCCGGUACCUCCCCUCUCCCAUGCUGCCCCGGUACCUCCCCUCUCCCAUGCUGCCCCGGUACCUCCCCUCUCCCAUGCUGCCCCCGGUACCUCCCCUCUCCCAUGCUGCCCCGGUACCUCCCCUCUCCCAUGCUGCCCCGGUACCUCCCCUCUCCCAUGCUGCCCCGGUACCUCCCCUCUCCCAUGCUGCCCCGGUACCUCCCCUCUCCCAUGCUGCCCCGGUACCUCCCCUCUCCCAUGCUGCCCCCGUACCUCCCCUCUCCCAUGCUGCCCCGGUACCUCCCCUCUCCCAUGCUGCCCCGUACCUCCCCUCUCCCAUGCUGCCCCGGUACCUCCCCUCUCCCAUGCUGCCCCGGUACCUCCCCUCUCCCAUGCUGCCCCGGUACCUCCCCUCUCCCAUGCUGCCCGGUACCUCCCCUCUCCCAUGCUGCCCCGGUACCUCCCCUCUCCCAUGCUGCCCCGGUACCUCCCCUCUCCCAUGCUGCCCCGGUACCUCCCCUCUCCCAUGCUGCCCCGGUACCUCCCUCCCCUCUCCCAUGCUGCCCCGGUACCUCCCCUCUCCCAUGCUGCCCGGUACCUCCCCUCUCCCAUGCUGCCCCGGUACCUCCCCUCUCCCAUGCUGCCCCGGUACCUCCCCUCUCCCAUGCUGCCCCGGUACCUCCCCUCUCCAUGCUGCACGGUACCUCCCCUCGUCCCAUGGCUGCCCCCCGGUACCUCCCCUCUCCCAUGCUGCCCGGUACCUCCCCUCUCCAUGCUGCCCCGGUACCUCCCCUCUCCCAUGCUGCCCCCGGUACCUCCCCUCUCCCAUGCUGCCCCCGGUACCUCCCCUCUCCAUGCUGCCCCGGUACCUCCCCUCUCCCAUGCUGCCCCGGUACCUCCCUCUCCCAUGCUGCCCCGGUACCUCCCCUCUCCCAUGCUGCCCCCGGUACCUCCCCUCUCCCAUGCUGCCCCGGUACCUCCCCUCUCCCAUGCUGCCCCGGUACCUCCCCUCUCCCAUGCUGCCCCGGUACCCUCCCCUCUCCCAUGCUGCCCCGGUACCUCCCCUCUCCCAUGCUGCCCCGGUACCUCCCCUCUCCCAUGCUGCCCCGGUACCUCCCCUCUCCCAUGCUGCCCGGUACCUCCCCUCUCCAUGCUGCCCCCGGUACCAUCCCCUCUCCAUGCUGCCCCGGUACCUCCCCUCUAUCCCCCAUGCUGCCCCGGGUACCGUCCCCUGCUGCCCCGGUACCUCCCCUCUCCCAUCUGCCCCCGGUACCUCCCCUCUCCCAUGCUGCCCCGGUACCUCCCCUCUCCAUGCUGCCCCGGUACCUCCCCUCUCCCAUGCUGCCCCGGUACCUCCCCUCUCCCAUGCUGCCCCGGUACCUCCCCUCUCCCAUGCUGCACCGGGUACAUCCCCUCUCCCAUGCUGCCCCGUACCUCCCCUCUCCCAUGCUGCCCCGUUACCUUCCCCUCUCCCAUGUGCCCCGGCUACCUCCCCUCUCCCAUGCUGCCCCGGUACCUCCCUCUCCCAUGCUGCCCCGGUACCUCCCCUCCCAUCUGCCGGUCCUCCUUCUAGCGCCCCGGUACCUCCCCUCUCCAUGCUGCCACCGGUACCACUCCCCCUCUCCCAUGCUGCCCCGUUACUCCCUCUCCCAUGCUGCCCCGGUACCUCCCCUCUCCCAUGCUGCCCCGGUACCUCCCUCUCCCAUGCUGCCCCGGUACCUCCCCCUCUCCCAUGCUGCCCCGGUACCUCCCCUCUCCCAUUCUGCCCCGGUACCUCCCCUCUCCCAUGCUGCCCCGGUACCUCCCCUCUCCCAUGCUGCCCCGUACCUCCCUCUCCCAUGCUGCCCCGGUACCUCCCCUCUCCCAUGCUGCCCCGGUAUCCCUCUCCCAUGCUGCCCGUACCUCCCCUCUCCCAUGCUGCCCCGGUACCUCCCCUCUCCCAUGCUGCCCCGGUACCUCCCCUCUCCCAUGCUGCCCCGGUACCCUCCCCUCUCCCAUGCUGCCCCGGUACCUGCCCCUCUCCCAUGCUGCCCCGGUACCUCCCCUCUCCCAUGCUGCCCCGGUACCUCCCCUCUCCCAUGCUGCCCCGGGUACCUCCCCUCUCCCAUGCUGCCCCGGUACCUCCCCUCUCCCCUGCUGCCCCGGUACCUCCCCUCUCCCAUGCUGCCCCGGUACCUCCCCUCUCCCAUGCUGCCCCGGUACCUCCCCUCUCCCAUGCUGCCCCGGUACCUCCCCUCUCCCAUGCUGCCCCGGGUCCUCCCCUCUCCCAUGCUGCCCCGGUACCUCCCCUCUCCCAUGCUGCCCCGGUACCUCCCCUCUCCCAUGCUGCCCCCGGUACCUCCCCUCUCCCAUGCGCCCCGGUAACCUCCCCUCUCCCAUGCUGCCCGGUACCUCCCCUCUCCCAUGCUGCCCCGGUACCUCCCCUCUCCCAUGCUGCCCCGGUACCUCCCCUCUCCCAUGCUGCCCCGGUACCUCCCCUCUCCCAUGCUGCCCCGGUACCUCCCCUCUCCCAUGCUGCCCCGGUACCUCCCCUCUCCCAUGCUGCCCCGGUACCUCCCCUCUCCCAUGCUGCCCCGGUACCUCCCCUCUCCCAUGCUGCCCCGGUACCUCCCCUCUCCCAUGCUGCCCCGGUACCUCCCCUCUCCCAUGCUGCCCCGGUACCUCCCCUCUCCCAUGCUGCCCCGGUAACCUCCCCUCUCCCAUGCUGCCCCGGUACCUCCCCUCUCCCAUGCUGCCCCGGUACCUCCCCUCUCCCAUGCUGCCCCGGUACCUCCCCUCUCCCAUGCUGCCCCGGUACCUCCCCUCUCCCAUGCUGCCCCGGUACCUCCCCUCUCCCAUGCUGCCCCGGUACCUCCCCUCUCCCAUGCUGCCCCGGUACCUCCCCUCUCCCAUGCUGCCCCCUCCCUCUCCCCGGGUACCUCCCCUCUCCCAUGCUGCCCCGGUACCCUCCCCUCUCCCAUGCUGCCCCGGUACCUCCCCUCUCCCAUGCUGCCCCCGGUACCUCCCCUCUCCCAUGCUGCCCCGGUACCUCCCCUCUCCCAUGCUGCCCCUCGGUACCUCCCCUCUCCCAUGCUGCCCCGGUUACCUCCCCUCUCCCAUGCUGCCCCCGGUACCUCCCCCUCUCCCAUGCUGCCCCGGUACCUCCCCUCUCCCCUGCUGCCCCGGUACCCUCCCCUCCUCCCAUGCUGCCCCGGUACCUCCCCUCUCCCAUGCUGCCCCGGUACCUCCCCCUCUCCCAUGCUGCCCCGGUACCUCCCCUCUCCCAUGCUGCCCCGGUACCUCCCCUCUCCCAUGCUGCCCCGGGUACCUCCCCUCUCCCAUGCUGCCCCGGUACCUCCCUUCUCCCAUGCUGCCCCGGUACCUCCCCUCUCCCAUGCUGCCCCGUACCUCCCCUCUCCCAUGCUGCCUCGAGUACCUCCCCUCUCCCAUGCUGCCCUGCGUACCUCCCCUCUCCCAUGCUGCCCGGUACCUCCCUCUCCCAUGCUGCCCCGGUACCCUCCCCCUCUCCCAUGCUGCCCCGGUACCUCCCCUCUCCCAUGCUGCCCCGGUACCUCCCCUCUCCCAUGCUGCCCCGGUACCUCCCCUCUCCCAUGCUGCCCCGGUACCUCCCCUCUCCCAUGCUGCCCCGGUACCUCCCCUCUCCCAUGCUGCCCCGGUACCUCCCCUCUCCCAUGCUGCCCCGGUACCUCCCCUCUCCCAUGCUGCCCCGGUACCUCCCCUCUCCCAUGCUGCCCCGGUACCUCCCCUCUCCCAUGCUGCCCCGGUACCUCCCCUCUCCCAUGCUGCCCCGGUACCUCCCCUCUCCCAUGCUGCCCCGGUACCUCCCCUCUCCCAUGCUGCCCCGGUACCUCCCCUCUCCCAUGCUGCCCCGGUACCUCCCCUCUCCCAUGCUGCCCCGGUACCUCCCCUCUCCCAUGCUGCCCCGGUACCUCCCCUCUCCCAUGCUGCCCCGGUACCUCCCCUCUCCCAUGCUGCCCCGGUACCUCCCCUCUCCCAUGCUGCCCCGGUACCUCCCCUCUCCCAUGCUGCCCCGGUACCUCCCCUCUCCCAUGCUGCCCCGGUACCUCCCCUCUCCCAUGCUGCCCCGGUACCUCCCCUCUCCCAUGCUGCCCCGGUACCUCCCCUCUCCCAUGCUGCCCCGGUACCUCCCCUCUCCCAUGCUGCCCCGGUACCUCCCCUCUCCCAUGCUGCCCCCGGUACCUCCCCUCUCCAUGCUGCCCCUGGUACCUCCCCUCUCCCAUGCUGCCCCGGUACCUCCCCUCUCCCAUGCUGCCCCGGUACCUCCCCUCUCCCAUGCUGCCCCGGUACCUCCCCUCUCCCAUGCUGCCCCGGUACCUCCCCUCUCCCAUGCUGCCCCGGUACCUCCCCUCUCCCAUGCUGCCCGGUACCUCCCCUCUCCCAUGCUGCCCCGGUACCUCCCCUCUCCCAUGCUGCCCCGGUACCUCCCCUCUCCCAUGCUGCCCCGGUACCUCCCCUCUCCCAUGCUGCCCCGGUACCUCCCCUCUCCCAUGCUGCCCCCGGGUACCUCCCCUCUCCCAUGCUGCCCCGGUACCUCCCCUCUCCCAUGCUGCCCCGGGUACCUCCCCUCUCCCAUGCUGCCCCGGUACCUCCCCUCUCCCAUGCUGCCCCCGGUACCUCCCCUCUCCCAUGCUGCCCCGGUACCUCCCCUCUCCCAUGCUGCCCCGGUACCUCCCCUCUCCCAUGCUGCCCCGGUACCUCCCCUCUCCCAUGCUGCCCCGGUACCUCCCCUCUCCCAUGCUGCCCCCGGUACCUCCCCUCUCCCAUGCUGCCCCGGUACCUCCCCUCUCCCAUGCUGCCCCGGUACCUCCCCUCUCCCAUGCUGCCCCGGUACCUCCCCUCUCCCAUGCUGCCCCGGUACCUCCCCUCUCCCAUGCUGCCCCGGUACCUCCCCUCUCCCAUGCUGCCCCGGUACCUCCCCUCUCCCAUGCUGCCCCGGUACCUCCCCUCUCCCAUGCUGCCCCGGUACCUCCCCUCUCCCAUGCUGCCCCGGUACCUCCCCUCUCCCAUGCUGCCCCGGUACCUCCCCUCUCCCAUGCUGCCCCGGGUACCUCCCCUCUCCCAUGCUGCCCCGGUACCUCCCCUCUCCCAUGCUGCCCCGGUACCUCCCCUCUCCCAUGCUGCCCCGGGUACCUCCCCUCUCCCAUGCUGCCCCGGUACCUCCCCUCUCCCAUGCUGCCCCCGGUUACCUCCCCUCUCCCAUGCUGCCCCGGUACCUCCCCUCUCCCAUGCUGCCCCGGUACCUCCCCUCUCCCAUGCUGCCCCGGUACCUCCCCUCUCCCAUGCUGCCCCGGUACCUCCCCUCUCCCAUGCUGCCCCGGUACCUCCCCUCUCCCAUGCUGCCCCGGUACCUCCCCUCUCCCAUGCUGCCCCGGUACCUCCCCUCUCCCAUGCUGCCCCGGUACCUCCCCUCUCCCAUGCUGCCCCGGUACCUCCCCUCUCCCAUGCUGCCCCGGUACCUCCCCUCUCCCAUGCUGCCCCGGUACCUCCCCUCUCCCAUGCUGCCCCGGUACCUCCCCUCUCCCAUGCUGCCCCGGUACCUCCCCUCUCCCAUGCUGCCCCGGUACCUCCCCUCUCCCAUGCUGCCCCGGUACCUCCCCUCUCCCAUGCUGCCCCGGUUACCUCCCCUCCCAUGCUGCCCCGGUACCUCCCCUCUCCCAUGCUGCCCCGGUACCUCCCCUCUCCCAUGCUGCCCCGGUACCUCCCUCUCCCAUGCUGCCCCGGUACCUCCCCUCUCCCAUGCUGCCCCGGUACCUCCCCUCUCCCAUGCUGCCCCGGUACCUCCCCUCUCCCAUGCUGCCCCGGUACCUCCCCUCUCCCAUGCUGCCCCGGUACCUCCCCUCUCCCAUGCUGCCCCGGUACCUCCCCUCUCCCAUGCUGCCCCGGUACCUCCCCUCUCCCAUGCUGCCCGGUACCUCCCCUCUCCCAUGCUGCCCCGGUACCUCCCCUCUCCCAUGCUGCCCCGGUACCUCCCCUCUCCCAUGCUGCCCCGGUACCUCCCCUCUCCCAUGCUGCCCCGGUACCUCCCCUCUCCCAUGCUGCCCGGUACCUCCCCUCUCCCAUGCUGCCCCGGUACCUCCCCUCUCCCAUGCUGCCCCGGUACCUCCCCUCUCCAUGCUGCCCCGGUACCUCCCCUCUCCCAUGCUGCCCCGGUACCUCCCCUCUCCCAUGCUGCCCCGGUACCUCCCCUCUCCCAUGCUGCCCCGGUACCUCCCCUCUCCCAUGCUGCCCCGGUACCUCCCCUCUCCCAUGCUGCCCCGGUACCUCCCCUCUCCCAUGCUGCCCCGGUACCUCCCUCUCCCAUGCUGCCCCGGUACCUCCCCUCUCCCCAUGCUGCCCCCGGUACCUCCCCUCUCCCAUGCUGCCCCCGGUACCUCCCCUCUCCCAUGCUGCCCCGGUACCUCCCCUCUCCCAUGCCUGCCCCGGUACCUCCCCUCUCCCAUGCUGCCCCGGUACCUCCCCUCUCCCAUGCUGCCCCGGUACCUCCCCUCUCCCAUGCUGCCCCGGUACCUCCCCUCAUCCCAUGCUGCCCCGGGUACCUCCCCUCUCCCAUGCUGCCCCGGUACCUCCCCUCUCCCAUGCUGCCCCGGUACCUCCCCUCUCCCAUGCUGCCCCGGUACCUCCCCUCUCCCAUGCUGCCCCCGGUACCUCCCCUCUCCCAUGCUGCCCCGGUACCCUCCCCUCUCCCAUGCUGCCCCGGUACCUCCCCUCUCCCAUGCUGCCCCGGUACCUCCCCCUCUCCCAUGCUGCCCCGGUACCCUCCCUCUCUCCCAUGCUGCCCCGGUACCUCCCCUCUCCCAUGCUGCCCCGGUACCUCCCCUCUCCCAUGCUGCCCCGGUACUCCCCUCUCCAUGCGCCCGGUACCUCCCCUCUCCCAUGCUGCCCCGGUACCUCCCCUCUCCCAUGCUGCCCCGGUACCUCCCCUCUCCCAUGCUGCCCCGGUACCUCCCCUCUCCCAUGCUGCCCCGGUACCUCCCCUCUCCCAUGCUGCCCCGGUACCUCCCCUCUCCCAUGCUGCCCCGGUACCUCCCCUCUCCCAUGCUGCCCCGGUACCUCCCCUCUCCCAUGCUGCCCCGGUACCUCCCCUCUCCCAUGCUGCCCCGGUACCUCCCCUCUCCCAUGCUGCCCCGGUACCUCCCCUCUCCCAUGCUGCCCCGGUACCUCCCCUCUCCCAUGCUGCCCCGGUACCUCCCCUCUCCCAUGCUGCCCCGGUACCUCCCCUCUCCCAUGCUGCCCCGGUACCUCCCCUCUCCCAUGCUGCCCCGGUACCUCCCCUCUCCCAUGCUGCCCCGGUACCUCCCCUCUCCCAUGCUGCCCCGGUACCUCCCCUCUCCCAUGCUGCCCCGGUACCUCCCCUCUCCCAUGCUGCCCCGGUACCUCCCCUCUCCCAUGCUGCCCCGGUACCUCCCCUCUCCCAUGCUGCCCGGUACCUCCCCUCUCCCAUGCUGCCCCGGUACCUCCCCUCUCCCAUGCUGCCCCGGUACCUCCCCUCUCCCAUGCUGCCCCGGUACCUCCCCUCUCCCAUGCUGCCCCGGUACCUCCCCUCUCCCAUGCUGCCCCGGUACCUCCCCUCUCCCAUGCUGCCCCGGUACCUCCCCUCUCCCAUGCUGCCCCGGUACCUCCCCUCUCCCAUGCUGCCCCGGUACCUCCCCUCUCCCAUGCUGCCCCGGUACCUCCCCUCUCCCAUGCUGCCCCGGUACCUCCCCUCUCCCAUGCUGCCCCGGUACCUCCCUCUCCCAUGCUGCCCCGGUACCUCCCUCUCCCAUGCUGCCCCGGUACCUCCCCUCUCCCAUGCUGCCCCGGUACCUCCCCUCUCCCAUGCUGCCCGGUACCUCCCCUCUCCCAUGCUGCCCCGGUACCUCCCCUCUCCCAUGCUGCCCCGGUACCUCCCCUCUCCCAUGCUGCCCCGGUACCUCCCCUCUCCCAUGCUGCCCCGGUACCUCCCCUCUCCCAUGCUGCCCCGGUACCUCCCCUCUCCCAUGCUGCCCCCGGUACCUCCCCUCUCCCAUGCUGCCCCGGUACCUCCCCUCUCCCAUGCUGCCCCGGUACCUCCCCUCUCCCAUGCUGCCCCGGUACCUCCCCUCUCCCAUGCUGCCCCGGUACCUCCCCUCUCCCAUGCUGCCCCGGUACCUCCCCUCUCCCAUGCUGCCCCGGUACCUCCCCUCUCCCAUGCUGCCCCGGUACCUCCCCUCUCCCAUGCUGCCCCGGUACCUCCCCUCUCCCAUGCUGCCCCGGUACCUCCCCUCUCCCAUGCUGCCCCGGUACCUCCCCUCUCCCAUGCUGCCCCGGUACCUCCCCUCUCCCAUGCUGCCCCGGUACCUCCCCUCUCCCAUGCUGCCCCGGUACCUCCCCUCUCCCAUGCUGCCCCGGUACCUCCCCUCUCCCAUGCUGCCCCGGUACCUCCCCUCUCCCAUGCUGCCCCGGUACCUCCCCUCUCCCAUGCUGCCCCGGUACCUCCCCUCUCCCAUGCUGCCCCGGUACCUCCCCUCUCCCAUGCUGCCCCGGUACCUCCCCUCUCCCAUGCUGCCCCGGUACCUCCCCUCUCCCAUGCUGCCCCGGUACCUCCCCUCUCCCAUGCUGCCCCGGUACCUCCCCUCUCCCAUGCUGCCCCGGUACCUCCCCUCUCCCAUGCUGCCCCGGUACCUCCCCUCUCCCAUGCUGCCCCGGUACCUCCCCUCUCCCAUGCUGCCCCGGUACCUCCCCUCUCCCAUGCUGCCCCGGUACCUCCCCUCUCCCAUGCUGCCCCGGUACGUCCCCUCUCCCAUGCUGCCCCGGUACGUCCCCUCUCCCAUGCUGUCUUGCGUCACUUCCUGCUCCGCUGCGCUCUACCAUCAUCACGUCGACCCACGUCCAUGUGCUUUCUCCUUGAGGGUUGUCUCCUCCACUUCCUGCCCAUCUCAACCCACACCUCCCAUCCCAUGGACCCCUCCAUCCUCCCACCCUCCCCCUCCCACCUCUCAGAUAGCAGCGGCGGCGCUGCUGCUGGUGGCGGGGGCGAGGGGGGUGGUACUGGGAGAGGCGGAGCUGUGCGCAGCCAUGGCAGUGCCGCCAGCCACGGUCAGGCAGCGCUUCUCAGAGCUCACGCGCGCCCUCACGCGCCUCGCGCGCUCGCUGCUGCUCCCAGGCGCCAACCACGUGUCCUCCCAGGCGGCCUUCCACCGCCUGCUGCCCUCCAUCCUCUCCGCGCACACUUGCUCCGUUUCUCAUCACACCUCGCCUCCCUCCACGUUUUCUCCCUCAUGUGUUUCCUGGCCAAUCAGCUUCUGCCGUCGCCGUCUCGAGUGGGCCAUCGCUUCGUGAUGCCAUCUGCUGACGUGGACAGGCAUGCUGAUGUGGCACAUCAAGCUGCUGAUGUGGCUACCCCAAGUGGUACAUCUCGGGGAGGUGAAAGCGGAGGAGCAGAGCCGGCAGGGAAGGCAGGUGAUGUGAAAAGCGGAAGCGGGACGGGGGAAGGCGAAGGUCCAAGCAGAGAGCAAGGAGAGAAACGAGGAGACAGAGGGGGAGAUGGAGGAGAGGAGGGUGCAUUGGAGGCGGGCGAGGGGCGGUGCUCCAAUGAGCUGCUGCCACCUGCAUUUGAAGACAGUGAAAUGGCGCAUCAACGGUGCGAGCCCUCUCUUGCCCAGUCAUCUCGUCUCCUUCUAUCCCCCUCUAGCCCCAUCCACACCCCUCUUCACCUCAUAACCCCCCCAUACGCCUCAGUGCUCCCCAUGCUCAUCCUCCUGCCUUCACCUCGCCACUCCCUCUUUCCACAUCGUACUCACAUCUUGCUCCAAGGCUGCCUUUUCUCUCUGUCCCCCACCCCACCACCCAGUCGCACUGGGCUGCUUACUUGCGCCUGGCACCGCCUGCAGCACACCAAGCGGGACCGAUGGGGGUGUGCUGGGAGAGGAGGGGCCGGGGGAGGGCUGGCGAAGGGAGGAGCUGGGGAGAGCAGUAAGGGUGGGGGCGAAGGGGACGAGGGGUUUCAGGGGGGGGAGGAAGGCAGAGGGGUGGAGACGGGUUGUGAUGGGUCGAGAAUGGAGGUGCUGUGGCGGUGGGAAGGGGUGUGCGUGGAUGAUAAGGGGGGUGGGGGGGGAGGGAAGAGGGUGAAGAGAAGCAUGAGGUGCUUUGACGAAGGAAGUGGUGGGGAGGCAAAGAGGCAGCAAGGGCAAGGGAGUGGCAACAACGAGGAAGCUGUUGUGGAUUGGCUGCUGCUGCAGCAGGUGGGAGGGGUCACGACUUUUAUGUACUUGCAUUGUAGUUGA